CGCGCGGGCCGGCCCCGACUCACCAUGGAUACCCCGGGCGAGGAUGUCGCGGAACUUCGCAGGCAGUUGGAGACGAUGCGUCUCGAGGCUGCGCGCGAGAAGGCCCGCGCCAGCUCCUACGCCGCGCAGAUCGAGGAGCUCAAGCGUCAGAACCUCAGCGCGCACAGCCGCGUGGAGCAGGAGGAGGAGCUUCUGACGAACAACCUCAUGAAGAAGCUGGAGAAGGUGAACAGCGAGAAGCGGGAGAUGCUGAUGCGGGUGGAGCAGGAGGAGGAGUUCCUGACUAACUCGCUCCAAAAGAGGCUGGACCGCGUGAUGCGCGAGAAACUCGAACUGGAGGCGCAGAUGGCCCGGGAGCACGAGCAGCUCGACAAGGCGAGCGGAGAUCUGGAGAGGAGGCUCGAGGCGCUUUCGUCGGAGCGCGAGCGGCUUAGCGCGGAGAAGGUCGAGCUCGAGAGGCAGCUCGAGGCUGAGCAGGAGUUCAUCGUCAACAAGCUCCAGAAGCAGACCACCAACCUGGCGAGGGAGAAGGAGCAGCUGCGGGCGGAGCGUGAGGAUCUUCGGCGGCAGGUGGAGAAGCUCCUGAGCGACAAGAUCAGGCUGAACAAGGAGAAGGUGGAGCUCGAGAACGUGAUGGAGGCGGAGGAAGAGUCCAUCGUCAACAGGCUCCAGAUGCAGAUGUUGGAGCUCUUCCAGCGGAACAAGUACCUCGAGCGCAGGCUGGAGGCUGGCAGUCAGACCCCGAGCGUCGUGUCCGAGUCUGAGACGUCCGAGGAUGAGGGCGGUUCGCACCACGCGUCCAGGCGUCAAUUCGGACACGGAACGUCGCCCCAGCACAGGAGCUGGAAGCACCCGCACGCCAUGGGCAUCCCGCACGGCGUGGGCGGCAUGGCGCCGUGGGAGAGCGGCAUGUACAUGAGCGUCCAGCGCAGGAGAAGCGGCGGCUCGGCGUCUGCGUCCGGGAGCGAGCCGGGAAGCCUCCACUCGACGGGGGGCGGCGGGAGAGGCGCGGGGAGGGUCGGGGGAGCGUCGGGGGCGGGAGGGUUGUCGGGCGGUCACGGCGCGUCGGGCGGUCACGGCGCUUCGGGUGGUCACGUUCCCCAGGUGUCGACCGCGCGCGAUGCCGGCGGCUCGGGGGAGAGCGCGGAUGCCACGCCGAGAUCGUCGAUGGGCAACACUCCCUUGACGACUCCGAGGUCGGAGCGGCGCGGAUGAGAGGGGGCACUCGACGGUACCACGCACGCACGCACGCACGCACGCACGCACGCACCGCGAGACACACGAUGGAACGACGGGCGGGUGAACGACUGGUGGGGAGCUAUAAUCGUCGACGCACUUUUUAAUGAAAAAAUUGUUUCUU